GCGUGUCGCAGCACGGGAGGGACUUGCCGCCGUGGCAUCUUGCAUAUCAUGGCAGGGCCAGACGUCGAGGGCACGUAUGGGUUUCCGAUGUACUGCGUCGCGUACGCGACGUUCAUGCUGCUGGCGUUCGUGGCGUCCGCGACCGCGUCGUGGACCCUGUUCAAGUACACCAAGCUCGUAUCGUCGUGCGUGUGCUACGCGAUGCUCAACUUUUUCGCGUGGGAAGCCGUGUGCACGUUCUUCCGCAUGAUCACGCUGGCGAGCAUGAUCCACGAGUUCCUCCUCAACACGUCGGCAUGGAUGACGCUGGACGAAAACCACGACGUCGGCGGGUUCCGCCUCAUCGGCCACGAAGUCGACGUCGAGACCAAGCAACUGCAGUCGCCGCCGUACCACAUCAAGAUCCCGUUGUUUAUUGGAGACACGGCGCUCAUCUCGGGGGCGUUCUGGAUGCUUGUGCUUGUCAUCGAACUGCUGCGGCUCGUGAAAACGACCGUCGACCGCGGUGCGCGCCUCGAGAAGGUGUUUGUGCGGUAUUACACGUACAUCAAUGCCAUCUUGGUGAUGGUGUACUUGGCCGUGAGCUUUGCGUUCCCCGAGGCAAACGACCCGUCGUUCUACUCGUCUCGGUUCCGCUCGUUUCUCGUGGCGUCGUCUGUGGCGCAGAGCGUCGUGAUAGUCGCCGUCACCCUCGGAGUCUUGUACAUGAACUGCACGGGCCAAAAACUCGAGAGCGUCGAGUGCCGCAUUGUCCAGAAGCCGCUCUACAUUCGGCUCAAGCUCAUCUUACUCAUCUACGACGUGACGGCGAUCCCGUACUUUGGCGUGGGAUGGACACUGGCCGUGCGGCCGACGUCCCGCGAGACGAGCCUGGAAUUCGUUCCAAACUGGAUCCUUAUCACGAGCAAUCUGCUCUUCUUUCUGUCACCGGUCGCGCUCGCGCUUGUGUUGGUGGCGAACCAGCGCUGUGUGAUGUCGUGGUGCAUGGUGUCGGAAGACGUGAUCCAGCAAAUCCAAGCGAACGAAGCGCCGACGGACUUUCCCGUGUUUGUCAACACGGACAUCGAGUCGUCCAGCGCACUGUGGGGGACCCUCGGCAACGCCAUGCACGAUGCCCAAGACAUCCAUGACAACCUCCUGCGCGCGCUGCUGGUCCCGCACCGCGGGUACGAGAUCACGACGGCCGGCGAUGCGUUUCAGCUGGCCUUCCACAACAUUCCCGACGCGGUCGCGUACUGCUUGGACGUCCAAGAGCAGCUGCUACUGCAGCCGUGGCCGCCAUCCCUCGCGACUUGCCAGAUGCCGGGAAGCGCUACGAUCACGACGCAACCAUUUCUGCUCAAGCGUCCGAAGUUGAUAUUUCACGGCGUCCGCGUCCGCAUGGGCAUCCACGCGUCGACCCCCGCGGAAGGCGAACUAGUCAACCAAGUGCAUCCGGUCACAGGCCGGACCAUGUACGUCGGGUUGUCCGAGUUGAUCGGGCGGGAAGUGAGCGAGAUUGGGUGCGGCGGACAGAUCGUUGUGACGGCACCGAUUGUGCGGUGGUUGCGGGCGAAUCUGACCAACAACACGCCGUGGGCGAAAGCGCAUCCGUUGGUGCUGCGUGAGCUCGGGGUAUACCACAUUGACGACUUGAGCAUCGACUUGGGCAUUGCCCAACUCGUUCCGGCGGACCUCGCCGACCGCUUGCCCAUGUUUCCGCCGUUGGACAAUGUCCGAAGCGGCUACGUCCGCCCCCCCGGCACCAACUACUCCCUUCUCAUAUCUCCGCACAGUGAAUGCCGAGAUCGACCCGACGUCGUCGAUGCGUCGCAGCGACUGCCGGCUCGAUAUUGA